AUGCAUUUCAAUACUUCCUCUCAGUAUUCAUGCGAAAGAAAAGCAAUUGGUUAUCAUACUGGAUUGAAAAAUCACUUGCUAUCAAAUGAUCAAGUUGAACUGUUAUCUCACAUUGUUUUUAAUGGAAUCCAUAUUGAAAAUAAUGGAAGAAUCGUAAUUCAAAAUGAUCAAUCGCGAUCUCUGUUGUUAGAUCUGCAAUUCAAAGUAAGGGCUUUGAAAUCAAAUUUGAAAGUUAUUAUUUCUACUAAAUACGAGUUGGAUUACCUAACCGAAAUGCUGAAAAAUCCGGCCAGACGAAAGGUAUGGAUUGAUUUCAUUUUCUGGUUUAUCAAUGAGUAUGAAGUUGAUGGGUUGGAAUUUAGUAGCCUAGUGAGAGGUACAAAGGAAGAAAAGGAAAACUUUGAUUUCAUCAGUCGAGAGUUGAAUUUGGAGUUCGAAAACUUCCAAAAACAAACAAAACGGGAGGAGCCGUAUCUCAUCAGUUUGGUUGAUAGGAAUUCUAAUUCUUUCAUGGAAGAAGCAUCCCUUCCACCUAUAUUCUUCACACGCAGCAAUGAAACUAUUGAUGGAACUAUGGCAGCCUAUGUUUGUUCGGACACCGCUUUACGUCAGAUACUGUUUACGAAUCCUGUUGUGGGAUAUCCAGAGAUUGGUCAUAACUCUUCGGCUUUCAUUUUUUCAUAUGUGAAAUAUGAUUUCUCAAACAUGAGACUUUUCAAUAAAUUUGUAUGA